AUGGCUUCUACCACAACUCAAAAAGAGGAACAGGUAUCCCUUAAACUCGUGGUUAAAAAAGAGACCGAUAAAGUAUUGUUUGCUGAAGCAGGGAAGGACUUCAUAGACAUUCUCUUCAGCUUCUUAACCUUACCUUUAGGAACCAUUGCAAGACUAGUGCAGAAGGACUCAACCACGGGUGCAGUUACUCUUGGUUGUCUCAAUUCACUUUAUCGAAGUGUUAAGGAUCUUGAUCAACAUUUUCUGACUGUGAAACCGAACACCGACGAUGACAUUUGGCCCAAAAUGUACUUCAUUUGUGCUAAGGCUUCUGAAAAUGGUACUGUUGCAUGCAACCAGUUUAGUGCUUUUGAGAAUCAGAGAUGCUCUUGUGGGAAUCUUUUGAACCAUCCAGUUUUCAUGACACAUUUUUGUGGAGGGUUUGUUAAAGGUGAUGUGAGUUUCUUAAUCAUGGACGAUUUGACUAUCUUGCCUGCAAACUCUAUUGAACAAACUAGUUUUGGACUGCUACAAAGCUUAGGAAUCAAAAGCACUAGCUCAAUAAAGGAAAUGGCUGUGGAUGUCACAAAGGAAAAGAUUCUGGAUCUUCUAAAGUGUUCUCUGUUCUCUAACUCAACACUGACAGAUUUGUUCUUAAGGAAGGAACCAUUACUCGAAAUGCCAAGAUUUUUUCCUUGUGAUAAUCAACAUGAUACUAGUACUAUUGCAAUAAAAGUGAAGCUAGUAAUAAGAAAAUCAGAUGGCAAGAUAUUGUAUGCUCAUGGAGAAAAAGAUUUUGCUGACUUCUUACUUAGUUUACUCACCUUCCCUUUGGGAGCAGUGGUUCAUCUUUUGGAAGGAAAUUGUUCAGUUGGAAACCUUGAUGGAUUGUACAAUGGUAUAGUUAAUUUAAGUGCAAACUAUUUGAUGCCAUAUGUAAAGAGGAGGAUUUUUCAUCCUCACAUUGCCCCGCUUCUCAACUUAAGAAAGCAGAUACCCGCGCCAACUUCCGAGGCACCACGAUAUGGUUGUUAUUAUCAACGCAGUAGCUUCAAAGAAAGUUUUCUUCAUGAUGAAUAUUAUGUGACUGAGGAUCUUGUGGGUACUGGUACUUAUGUUGAAUUGUCUUUGGUGAAUCCCGGUUUAUAUGAAGGAUGUGUCAAAGAUGUAACAACAUACAUUGCUACAGAUGAAUUGCUGGUAACACCAGUUUCUCCAAUUUCAGCUAUAUCUUUGAUUGACAGUCUAGGAGUUCCUAUGAGUGACCUUAAGGAAAUGGCUGUCACCAUUGGUGUCAAAGAGUGUCUAAGCAUCUUGAAAGCUUCUUUGACCUCAAAAUCUGCUCUUACUAAUGGUCUCUCUAAUGUGGAUGACCAGAUUAUUUGUUGUGAGCCAACUAGGCCUCUUAAAUCUUAA